CUUGCUCUAGCCCUGCUAAUGCAAGUAGAGGUGUUUCAGCAAAGCUACCAGACCAACGGCACAGACAUUGGAAACAUGGCGGCUGGACCCGGAGCGGCCAGUAGUGGCCACAGUGGUGGCCGUGCCUCCUCCGGUGGCUUUGAGGCUUCUCUAGACCGUCGCUUUCAAGGAGUUUCAAAUACAAUGGAUUCAAUACAAGGAUUGUGCGGCUGGUGCAUCGAAAACAAGAAACACCACAGCCUUAUCGUGCGCUACUGGAUGAAGUGGCUCAAAAAAUCUGAUGCCAGCCACAGGCUGAACCUGUUCUACGUGGCCAAUGACGUCAUUCAGAACUGCAAGAGGAAGAAUGCCAUUGUGUUCCGCACCAGCUUCGCCGAUGUGCUCCCCGACGCUGCCCUGCUCGUCAGGGAUGCAAAAGUGCAUAAGUCUGUGGAGAGGAUCUUCACCAUCUGGCAGGAGCGUAAUGUUUACUCAGAGGAGUUUGUCACGGAGCUGAAAACCAACCUCGUCAAGAAGGAGCAGCCCCCACCUCCAGCUCCACCAGUCAAUCCCAAAACGGCACUGAAGUCAAAGGUUGUUGCAGAAUUUGCACCUCAGACGUUCAUUGAUCAGCUGGUCAGUCACCAGCGUUCUCUGGAGGAGGCUGACCUCAGGCAGAAGCAGCUGGCUGCCCUCAGAGUGGAUGUCUGCAACGUCAACAGUGCAGAGGCCCUCAAGAGGCUCAAAGAUAAAGCUGGAGGUAAGAAGUUCUCCAGUGACUUUGAGGAGGGCAGCACUAAGCUGCAGGAGUUUGUGACCUUCCUGGAGGGACAGAUGCAGACAGCACCCCCCUUGCUGGAGGCUCUGAGUAAUGCAGACAUCUUCUAUGAGAUGCAGUACAAAGAGGUCAAGAUCGUCGCCAAUGCCUAUAAGACGUUUGCCAACCGUGUGUCCAAUCUGAAGCGGAAAUUGGACGCUCUCCGGAGCACGUUGCCAGAUCCGGAAGAUUCGCCCAUCCCCUCCCCCUCGGAGGAUGCCCCCUCGCCCACAGGCUCCGAGUCACCCUUCCACGGGCUGGGGGGGUCCAGAGGGGGCCACGACAACCAGCAGCUGGACGGGAGGGCCAAGGACUUGCAAUCGGACAACAGAGAUGUGGAGGACAUGGAUCUGUCAGAGGAGGAGGAGCCACACAGCUCAGGCUUCAUAGUUGAGGAGAUGAGGGAGAAACCAUCCACUUCAGCAGUCUCCAAGGCGACCACUGCUGCCCCUCCAGCCACCUCCAGAUCCACUGCAUCCACUGUAACCAAUUCCACCAAAACGCUAGUGGAGCGUUCAGCCAAUCAGACGCCUCCGUCAUCCACCAGUGCCACGCCGACCACAGCCGCACCUGGCCCCUCCCCUCUGCAGAUGAACCUGGCCAACGUGGACCUGGGCAAGAUCAGCUCCAUCCUCAGCAGCCUGACCAGCGCCAUGAAGGGCUCAGGAGUGAGCCCAGCCCCCCGCCCCUCUCCAACCACACCUACCAGCCCCUCCAGCCAAUCUACGGCCUCCAAGACUCCAGUCCCCGCCCCCAGUACCCCUCCUGCAGCCAAUCCGCUGGCCAGCAUCCUGUCGCGUGUGGACAUCACCCCCGAGGGCAUACUGAGCGCGCUCAGUAAAACUCAGGCCCACGGCCCUGGCUUGCAGGGACUGUCUUCGUUGCUGCACAGCGUAUCUGGAACCUCGUCUGGGAGCACCAGCAGUGCCACCAACUCGACUUCCCAACUUUCCUCCUCGUCCACCGUCACCACAGCAACGGCUACCACGGCGACCACGCCCAAGACAAAGCAGCCCAGCAACAGCACGAAGCGCGACCUGGAGAAAGAGCGCAUGAGAGAGUGGGAGAAGGUCAGAGAGAGAGAGCGAGAGAAAGAGAGGGAGAAGGAGAGGGAGAUAGAAAGGCAGAGGGAAAAGGAGAGGGAGAGAGAAAGAGAGAGGCAAAGGGGGAACCCGGCCUUCGGCGGGCUGGGGCUCGGCCUGGACGAUGGGGACGGCAGCAGCAGUCCCCUCCUGGUGGGCGACAGCGCCCGGCGGCACCCGACUCCCCAGGGCCCUCGGAGGUGCGUGGUCACCCGGGCGACCCCCAGAAGCCCCCGCCGCUGCCGCACCAAGGCCUCUCCCCCCACCGCCUACCGCAGCGACCUGUGGGACGCCGUCAUCAGCCCCCGUGAGCUGCUGAGCGACUCGCGGCCCAAGGACGGCGACUACCGGCCCAACGCCCUGCGCGCCCAAGCUUUCCCCGUGGCCAGCGGCAAGAAGACCGCCAAGCCCUCGGGCCGGCAGAAGGAGGACGAGGCGGCGGUGAUGAUGAAGAGGAAGGCCCCUGCGGCGUCCGCGCUGGAGCAGAAGGCCAAGCUGAGCCGCAAGGCCAGCACCGAGGACGGCCGGCCAGAGCACGCGGAGGAGAAGGGGAGGAGAGGAGGGAAGGAGACCGGGGCGGCGCCCUCUGGUGGUGGCAAAGGCAAAGGACCGCAGUACCACCGCAUCGAGACCGUGGUGUCGUCCAACUGCGGAGAGGGCGUGCCCAUCCAGACGCUGGACUCCGGCUUCCGGCGGCUGUCCGGCGAACGCAUCCAGACGGUGGAGAGCAUCCGCGUGAUCGGCCGUGUGCGGAGGGAGGGGCGGAGGCGGCGCCCCGGCGCCGAGGCUUGCAAGGCGAGCAGGCGUUCAUGGAAGCGGCGCCGCCGAGCGAAAGGGCGCUGGGCCGGGCGCCGCCCAGGCUGA